UUAGCGUGUCUCCAGACCCCAAAUCGGUGGAAAAGCUUCAGAAUUAUUCGAUUUUAUGCCGCCGCCUUGCCAGCCAUUUCGCCCAAUUCUCUCCUCCCCAAUCUGAGCUCCAAUUCCUGUCUCAGCUCUUAUCGGCACCUCCCGAAUUCUGGCUCUACGACUCCUUCCCUCCACCAUGUCCGCCCCCAUGCUCUCGCGACGCCUCCUGCUCACGGAAACCGUGUCUUCCGCCGCCGCCGUAGGACGGUGGUCUCGUUUCGCUAUCAAUGCCUCCGCCUGGUCUCACAACUGGCUCAAGCCCGCCGCCAUUUCCUUGAGCAUUCCUGGGAUCAUGGAGGGCCUUUGGGACUCUGUUCUCCGCGCCGUCCCCAAGAAGAAGACUUCUCACAUGAAGAAGCGUCAUCGACAAAUGGCUGGCAAGGCUUUGAAGGACGUCAAGAGUCUCAGCACAUGCUCCGGAUGUGGCCAGGUGAAGCGCUCGCACGUCCUGUGCCCCCACUGCGUCGAAACCCACCCUGUUGAUAUCUUCGCACUGGCCGUGACUGACAAGCAGAUCUUGUCGGCCUCGGGUACUUCUUCCCUCAAAGUUCACUCCACUACAGAUCCCGAUUUUCCGCUAGUACAGUCUAUUGACGGUGCCCAUAAAGUCGGGUGCCAUCAUGUGGUUACUAACGGAAAUGGUUCGAGGGCCGUCAGUAUUGGCUUUGGCGGUGAGAUUAUGAUUUGGUCUUGCCAUGACGGAGUCUGGGCAAAGGAUGAGGGAGCGUCUGUCAACAAGGCAACACCUGCGGAUGUUUGGGCCAUCGCUUUGUCCGAAGAUGGUCAAUAUCUUGCCGGUGUUACGCAAGAUGGUCAUAUCAAGGUGUGGGAUCUGGACACUAAUGGCGAGGAAAUCCGAGACUAUGAAACCAAAGGUAGCUUCGGCACCUGCAUAGAUUUGUCCGCGGAUGGCCGCUUCAUAGCAAGCGGACACGAAAAUGGUAGUGUUUACAUUUUCAGUACAGAAAGCGGACGCAUGCCAUUCAGCCUAUCAGGCUUGGUUAAACCUGUACGAGCUGUUGCAUUCUCCCCUGGAGGAAAGUUUCUUGCUGCUGCUGGAGAUUCCAAGGUAAUUGUGCUUUAUGACACGUCCUCUGGUGAACAAGUGGCGAGUCUCUCGGGGCACACCGCAUGGGUCAUGUCGCUGUCGUGGAGCCCCACGGGGGAGUAUCUUCUCAGCGGGUCGUUCGAUGGAAAGGUCAAAGUUUGGUCGAUAGACACAAGAGCAUGUGUGGCCACCCAUUCCGAAACAGACAAAGCAAUCUGGAGUGUCAAGUGGCUGGCGAAGAUCGGAAGAUCAGUAGGAUUUGCCACGGCUGGUGCAAACAGGAGCAUAUCAUUCUACCGUGAGGCCACUGGUGGUUAGUGCAUAGGCUGUGUACGAAUCAACCAAUGAAUUUGUUGUACGAAUUCCUUACCAGCGAGCUACUUGAGGCAUCUUCCUCAGUAUGCCGAGACGAAGGAAGCCUCUAUAAGUGACCUUUUGCAUUGCCUGAACGGAAACCUUAUCAUAGUAGGACCUGAUUCCAAAGUGAAGCAAACACAGGUAUU